GAGGGGUAUGAACAGGUUUAAGAGCUUGAAGAUGGAACUUCAAACUUAGCUAAGAUGGAACUUGGAACUUAGCUAAUAGGUGAGACACAUAUUUAUAUCUUCUCAGACAUGAAUAAACCUUUAGAAGACUACAACUUGUACACCCAAGACGAACAAGACACCUCACAUAUAUCAUCAAGGCCACCGCCUGUUGCGACCGGAGCAUCGUCCCUCAUCUGCUUCAAGCGAAGAAAUGAGCAGCAGGUCCUUCCCACUCGCUCUGUUUAUUCCGCUCCCUUCUAGAAGCCGUGACAAAUAUCAGCGCCCGCCGGAAAAUUUCCGCUAUGGCAUACGAAAACCGUCUCCUAAAGUUUGCUGUAACCGUGUGGGCAACAAUUUCGGAAGCUCCAAAACCGAACAGGAACAUCUCAAGCUCUCUGUUCUUCGUUUCACCCUCGGAAUACCUGGACUGGAUGAAUCGUUCUUACCGAGAUAUAUAGGGUACGCAUUUGGUUCGUUGUUACUGUGGAAUCACUUUACAGACUCGGAUUCAUCCACUAUUACCGCAGCCCAGAUGAGAACAGAAGUUCUAGGUCUUUUUCUUGCUGCCUUUUCUGUUGUAAUCCCCUACAUUGGGAGAUUUCUGAAGGGUGCUGCUCUACGCGAUGAAAGGAAUCUUCUAGAAGACGCGGACCAAAUGUUUGUCAUCUCGCAAAAUGUUCCCGAUGCUUUGAUGGAGGAUUUGGCUUGGGGAACAUAUGCUUUGCUGCGAAAUACAAACACUAUAUCUGUGCUUAUCACAACACAAGAUGCACUGUGUGUGCGUGGCUACUGGAAAACUCCACGGGAUAUGUCAAAAGCUGAUAUAUGUAAUUGGUUUGAAAAACAAAUUCUGCAGCUUGGUUAUUUAAAGUUGGAGGAUACACUAUAUUUCACUGAAGCUACAGUUCUUCCUCCACAUUUGUCUGUUCUUCAUCUUCAACAUGUUCCACCAAGCGGCUCUUUCCCCUAGAGUUGGAAGCUUUAUGCAGUUGUUCAGAGGUUGUUUUGGUAGAAGAUGAAGGCAACAUAAGAUGCUACUCAGAAGAAGCAAAGAAGAGUAGUGCAGAAGACACUACUCAGAAGAGUCAAAGAAGAUGAGUGAUAGUGUCCGGGUCCCUAACAAUGAGUGCAACAGAGGUUGUUCUUGUAGAAGAUGAAGCAGCAAAAGGCACUACUUGAAAAAGCAAAAAGGAGUGCAGCAGAUGUUGUUCUUGUAGAAGAUGACGCAUCAGAGGUUCUUGAAGAAGAUGAACUAUAGAAUCAGAAUCAUCAGAUACUUGUAAUUGUAUCAGGUGUGAAUUGCAACAGUAGUGAAGAGAAGAAAUAAUUUCAAAAGGUGGAGCGGAUUUUAAGGGUUUUAUGUAUAUAGAAGGGUUUUAUGCUGGUUACUAUUUAUUUUAAAAAACUUUACGUUACCCUUGAUGCUUCUGAAAACAAAACUUGCACUAGUAAAAGCCUAACUGUAGUGUCUGCCACACCCGCUACAACGCCUGCUAUAGCCACCAUUACUCCUGCAAGAGACAAACACAAUGCUACAGGUGGUCUUGUGGUGCCCAACGACUCCUACGCUCCGCUAUGCCGCUAUAGCAUGCUAUUCACUUCACUGAGUCUGUAUAUUUUUUGAAGACUAAAUUGUCACUUCUCAAGCUAGAAUCAACUAAAAAGAAUGUCUGGUUCCAGAUUCUCCAAUUCAGGAGCUGCUUCCCAAGGGGACUCAAUCUCUUCUAGUACAGCCGCUUCCAUGUUCUUAUUCAAGUUACAAGGGCACUGCAAAGAAUGAUGGGUUCGUCCUGGUAGCUUCUGGUAACAGUUUUGCUUAUGAUAGUCAAGACAGAGGAUGGAUUAAAGCAGUCGCGAGCAAAUUUAAAAGUAAGUCCACUUGUACAGAUGUGUAAUGUUAAACGUAUCUUAUAGAGCACCAAAUACUUAGUUUUUUUUAAACAGAUUCUCUCUGUCUACCUCUUGUGUAUUUUCUGUACCCUUAUUUUUUGCUGCAUAUAUGCAAUAUGCGUGUUGAGUUUAUGUUGUCCAUGGAUAUCUAAUUUUUAGAUCUGUAUCUCUGUUGGGUUAUUAGUUGAGAAAAUAACAGCCCGACAAUUUUUAUGCUCAUGCUAUGCUUCAUAA